AUGCGAGGUUUCGUCGCUGCUUGGACCGUAGCGGCCGUCGUCGCCAGCGAGUACCCGUCGUACACGCUUCCGUCCGUCGACAUCAACGCACCGAGUGGCCUCGUGACCCUACUUCAAGCCAACGGCAUUGCCGCCAUCCGCAAUGUCCCGCAGUUUGCGUCGACGCGCCAGGCCUACAUGGCUUCGGCUGCCGCUUGCCUCUCGUCGCCGGCGCCGCUCGCUGACCGCCUCUACAAGCAGCUCCGCGAUCUCACCGAGAAGCAGACAUUCAGCACCAGCGUCCAAGACGGCGUGCCGUCGGCGCUUCGAGCGCAGUGCCCGACGUACGCAGCUGCGUACGAUGCCUACAGCGCGCUCUUGGAUACCACGGCGCGCACGGUCGCCUUGGCCCUCGAUGCGAAUGCCACGGCGGCAGCGACACCGCUCGCUUCUAUUGUCGCGGAUGGCAAGCACCUCGACCACUUUCACGGCUACGCCAACCCGUCGACGAACCAAACGACGAUUUCAACGGACGACGAUUUGUCCCUCGAGAUGCACACGGACAACGGUCUCUUCUUGCUGACGUCGGCGCCCCUCUUUUACGAUCGCCGCCCGGACGGUUCGGUCGUUGCGAUCCCGGACCCGAACCCGGACGCUGGUCUCGUCAUCGAACUUGCGGCCGAGCACAAUCGUCGCGUCCGGCCGGUGCUGCGUGACGACGAGCUCGUCAUCAUGGUCGGCCAAGGCUUGCGCGACUGGGGCAACUUUGGCCAUGCGUUUCCCGCAGUCCUUCAUGGUAUGGUUAUGCCGCGCAAUGCGCCGUCGUCGGUGCUGCGCGGUUUCUCGGGGCGCAUGCUGCUGCUGCAGGGCCAUGUCAAGAUGGCCAACACGGGCAUGACGUUUGACGCGUACGGCCAGUCGAUCGCGCGCCACUUGCGCAACGAGGACGGCGGCAUUGCGUCGUUGGCGUGCCCCGUCGGUCGCAGCCUUCUCGCCAUGGACGGUGCGUGCACAGUGGGCAUUUGGGCACCCGGGCCGUCGUGCUCCAAGACCAAGGACGAGUGCAUGUUUCAGUGCAACAACGAGCACACGGCCGACGACUGCAAGACCGAAAAAUGCUGCGUCAAGCAGUCGGAGCAGCAAGGCAUCGACUGCUGGAUGGUGUGCACGCUUCCGUUCGCGAGCGACGUGUGCGCGGUCGCCGAGUGCGUCGGCCAGGCGCUCACGCUCCGACGCCAAGCCCCCAGCCGAGCCCGCAACCGCAACCGCAACCGCAACCGCAACCUAGUCCGAGCCUGCAGCCUCAGCCGAGCCCCCAGCCCAACCCGCAACCUCAGCCGAGCCCACAGCCACAACCGAGCCCCAAGCCCAGCCCACAACCUCUGCCCAGCACGCCACAACCGAGCCCCAAGCCCAGCCCACAACCUCAGCCCAGCACGCAGCCACAACCGAGCCCCAAGCCCAGCCCACAGCCUCAGCCCAACCCGCAGCCUCAACCGAGCACGCAGCCCCAGCCGGGCCCACAGCCUCAGCCUAACCCGCAACCCAUCCUAG